UUUUAUCUUGUUUGACAGAAAGAAUGUGAGGUUAAGUGAGAAAACAAUUGUUAAUAUUAUUGUUGUUUAAAUUAUUGUAUACAUAAUUGUCAUAAUAACAUUGUUUAUUGUCGUAUUAAAAUUUGUGUCAAUCAUACAAAUAAAUAAAUAAAAAUGGCUCUACGUACAUACGGUGAUAAACCAAUAAGUUUUCAAGUUGAAGAAAAUGGAGAAUAUUAUUGUAUUGGUUCAGAAGUUGGUAAUUAUUUACGUUUAUUUCGUGGAUCAUUAUAUAAACGUUAUCCAGGAAUGUACAGAAGAUCAAUAACAAAUGAUGAAAGAAAAAAAUUAGUUGAAUUGGGUCUUAGUCAGCAUGUAUUAGCAUCAAGUGUAUCAUUAUUACGUGCAAGUGAAGUUGAAGAUAUUAUUGAAGGUAAUGAUGAUAAAUAUAAAGCAGUAUCAGUACAUUCAACUGAACCACCAGCACCAAGAGAAGGUAAAUCUAAAAAAUCAAUGCCAUGGGUACCAAGUUUACCAAAUAGUUCACAUUUGGAUGCUGUACCACAAGCAACACCAAUUAAUCGUAAUCGUGUACAUAAUAAAAAAGUUAGAACAUUUCCACUUUGUUAUGAUGAUACUGAUCCAUCAUCAAAUAUUGAAAAUGCUGCUGCACAAGAAAUGCUUGUACCAAUACGUCUUGACAUGGAAAUUGAAGGACAAAAAUUACGUGAUACAUUUACAUGGAAUAAAAAUGAAAGUUUAAUAACACCAGAACAAUUUGCUGAGGUAUUGUGUGAUGACUUGGACUUGAAUCCAUUGACAUUUGUUCCGGCAAUUGCACAAGCAAUUCGUCAACAAAUUGAAGCAUUUCCACAAGAAACAUUAAUUGAAGAUCAAUGUGAUCAACGAGUUAUUAUUAAAUUAAAUAUUCAUGUUGGUAAUACAUCAUUGGUUGAUCAAGUUGAAUGGGAUAUGUCUGAAAAAGAAAAUAAUCCAGAAAAAUUUGCUAUGAAAUUAUGUGCUGAGCUUGGUCUUGGUGGUGAAUUUGUAACAGCAAUUGCUUACAGUGUUAGAGGACAAUUGUCCUGGCAUCAAAGAACUUAUGCAUUUUCAGAAGCACCAUUGCCAACUGUUGAGGUGCCAUUUAGACCACCAUCUGAAGCUGAUCAAUGGGCACCAUUUUUAGAAACACUUACUGACGCUGAAAUGGAAAAGAAAAUUCGUGAUCAAGAUCGAAAUACAAGACGUAUGCGACGACUUGCCAACACUACACCAGGCUGGUAAAUUUUUCAAUAAAAAUUAAUCAAUAUAUCAUAUUCAAAAACGAAAAAAAAAAUAUUAU